CAAACGCGAAUGACUGCAGUGGGGCGCGCGGCCGUCUUGUGUAUCUGCGGCUGUGUUUGUCAUAGCACCGAUAAUAUGCUGGAUGUGAAUAGCUGAAUCUCUCGAAAAUGCCUGUCUAAGACGUACCAGCGCUUUGAUCGAAGCGGAAAAAGAUGGAGUUUGCAGAACUGAUCAAGAUCACCAAAGUUGACCGUGUAGUUCUGCACGCGCCACUCUGCACAAGCUUUUCGGGGACGCUAUCUCUGUCGAGUCAUCACUCUAUCUUCUCGUCGCGCACAGAUGACGAUAAGGAGCUAUGGUUGCUGCACAGGAUGGUUGACACUGUUGAACGACGGAUUGGGGCCUUGUCGGGAACACUGUUCUUGAAAUGCAAAGACUUCAGGAUUAUUCAACUCGAUAUCACUGGCGUUGAAGCGUGCAACAAUGUUGCAGACACCAUUGAAUGCCUUUCCGCAUUAGAUAACCCAAAGUGGUUUCAUCCAUUCUUUUACAAUCCAUCUUUUGUUAUAAUGGAGGAUGGGUGGUCAGCAUUCACAACCGAGCAAGACUUUGCCAAAAUCAAGCUGGUCUCGGACGAUUGGAGGAUAUCAUCUGUGAACCAUGACUUCUCGGUCUGUCCAGCCUAUCCUGAACAAGUGAUUGUGCCAAAGAAGGUAGAAGACAGCGUUCUAGUUGCUUCAGCUUCUUUCAGGCAGAUGGGCCGUUUUCCAGUGUUGAGCUACUUCCACAAGAAAGCAAAGACAGCGCUGAUGAGGUGCAGUCAACCAUUAGUUGGAACAACAAUGCGGCGUUGCAAUGGAGAUGAGGAGCUACUCAAAUCCGUGCUGAUGGGUGGAAAGAAGGGUUUCAUCAUUGACACCCGAACACAGAAUGUUGCUCAGCUAGCAAAAACAAAAGGUGGUGCUGUGAGCCUGAAAGUGCACUACCCAAUGUGGACGCGCCUGCACAAGCCAAUCGAGCGCUACACAGCCCUCUUGGAGUCCCUCCUCCAAGUGGUGGAAGCAUCGACCGACACCGGCGUGAGCAUGGACAAGUGGCUGUCCCGGCUUGAAGCGUCGGGGUGGCUGAGUCAUAUCAAGAGCGUUCUCUCUUGUGCCUGCUUUGUUGCCCAGUGCCUUGACCAGGAUGAGCGUUCAGUGGUGAUUCAUGGGUCGGAAGGCACAGACUCUACCCUGCUGGCGUGCUCCCUGGCUCAGGUGAUCCUGGACCCGGACUGCCGAACGAUGCGUGGCUUCCAGGCGCUUGUGGAGCGCGAAUGGCUUCGUGCAGGACACCCAUUUCGUCUGCGCUGCCAGCACGGUGCUUUUGCACCGGCCAGCGUGCGUACCAAGGAGCAGAGCCCCACCUUCCUCAUAUUCCUGGACUGUGUAUUCCAGAUUCACCAGCAAUUUGCCUGCUCGUUUGAAUUCAACGAGCAGUUCCUCAUUAUGCUGUUCGAACACAGCUACUGCUCAUCAUUUGGCACGUUUCUGGCCAACUCCAUGAAGGAAAGAAAAGAGCUCAAGCUGUCGCAGAAGACGUACUCUCUGUGGUCUUAUGUAAACUCGCCAGACAUGCUGGCUGAGCUUACCAAUCCAAUGUACGACCACAACAACCAGGUGAUCUGGCCAUCGGUGGCCCCUCAAAGCUUGGUUCUAUGGCCAGCCCUGUUCCUACGGUGGGUCUACGACCAGAAACCUCAGAAAGAAGCAUGGGACAUGGUAUUAGAAAUCCGAAACAGAGAUAAGGAAUUACGCUCCAAAGCAAUACGACUACGCAGGCAGCUGCUAGAGCUCGAAGACGAGGCCGUCGUGCAGGGUGUCCUGCAAGACUCUCUCAGCUUGCUCGAAUGACAUCCGAGGAGGGGCUCGGUGCCCUCUUCGCACCGAGGCAGCACCAGCACUGUGGAGGACAUGGGACCCAGUCACCAGCAGAUAUCGGCACUCGCUCAGGAAACCGCCAGCAUCGGCAGCCGGUCUUCUUUCUCUCACGUGUCAUCCUUAGGUUCGCCCCAGUCCUCGCUUUCCUCGUCGCCAGCCACCGCUUCGUCCGGCACUCCCUCGCAUGUGCGUAGACUCCUCCGGAGUCUGCUGCACCUGAGCUUAGACAGUCAUGCGGGAAGCCGCCUGGCCCCGGACUUUGGAGCUGCGUCGUUUGACGAGCUCACCUUCAAGCGUGGCGAUGAUGAUUGACGUAUUUUGCUCGCGUUUUACUCUAAUUUGUCUUACUUGUGCCGAUUUUGUGCACCACACUUUCGGAUGUUGGCCAAUGCCUUUGGUCAGCCUCGUUACGUCAGCUGUUGCUUAAAUCGCACUGCAGUGCAUCUACUGCUCAUUUUGACCAGCGAUUGAUACCUGUCUCAUUAAAUUUUUGAAAUUAGGGGCAGAUUUAAGUCGCUGGAGGUUUAGAGAUUUUCAGGCUGAGUGAUAUUUCAGCCGAGGUGUUUAGAUUGCAAUGAAAACGUUAAUACAAAUGUGUCUCUGUGGAGCAUUUUGUGGAAGUUCUGAAUUCAUUAGUGGUGUAGUGUUCUCAGCAGCUGUUUUGCCGUUUCGUAAAGUUCGCUUAUUGCUCAUUUCAGUACUUUCGAAAAUCAAAAGGAUAACGCCGCCUUGUUGAACUUUUCGUUGUACUAUAAUCGCUUUGUGAUAAGCACGGCUAUACAUCUUUAUGGAUUCUACUGGUGUUGUUGCUGCAGUAUUCUAUUCUUCAAUCCCAACAACUGGCUACAUGACGUAGGUCACAGUGCAGUAUGCCUACUGCACGUUAGAAAAGCGUUCCCUAAAGCCUUACCUUACAAUGUUCGUUCAAGGUUGACCAAAGCUUUAGUUUUUUUUACAAUAGCAAUGUGUUGUUAUGCAAGUUAUGUGACUAAGUCAAUGUUUCGAAAUAUACCAGUAUAUCCCGUG